AAAGUGAAGGAAAACAUUUUCGAAAGCAUUUUAUUCCUUUAAAUUUGUUCGAUAUAUAUAUGCAUACUUAUGCGUUUACGUACGUGGGCAUAAUUAUAUUUCCAUUUUUAAUGCGCUGUUUGAUUUCACUUUUUUUUCGUGUUCAGAGCAAAUGUAUUUGAGUUUCGCGUAGCUAAGGAAAAUGCGUUCUUUGGCGCGUGGAUUAACCUCCAAUUCGGCCUUUUUCCCGCAUACUCAAACCGUAUACAUACAUGUAAUAUAUUUUUAUAUGUAUAUGUGCUCCCCCUCCCCCCUGUGUUGUUUGAUCGCUUCCCCCCCAUUUUUAUGCCUCUGAGCGAGUUAAAAAAAACAAAGGUCAAAGAUGAAUUUUUUUUCAAGCAAACCGAAUAUAAGGAGCACGAAAUCUGAAGUCAUCCACAAGGCAAACAACAACAGUGCUGGCGGUAACAAUGUUGGAGGUAACAAUGUUGGAGGCAACAGUGUCGGCGGCAACAGUGUCGGCGGCAACAGUGUCGGAGGCAACCAUGUUGGGGGAAACCAGGUUGGCAGCCACCAGUUGGGCAGCCACCAAUUGAGCAGCCACAACGUAGGCCCGAACGGUAAAAUGCAAAAUGACGCGGGCAGUGGCAACUUCCUACUUGAAGAUAGCAAUGGCUUCGCGUACUCCAACUGUGACGCGGAUAAACGGUCAGAAAUCCACUACAGUAAUAAGGCGUACGACCCACAGUAUAGCAUGUACAUGAAUAAAAUGGCAAACGGGGUGAGGUCUACGAGAAACCACACGUCUUCCCACAGAAUAUGUUCCCCCAGAUCGCAGUCCAUAAAUCUGUUCGCUCCAAAAGUGAACAGGACAUCCAACAUUUCGAGAAAUUUUGAUGACAGACUGUCGUACAUUUCGUUCUACACCAAUAGCAAAAACAACCUGAGCAAGACGUCCAUCCUGGAGUCUAAUGAUAGCUUUAAAACGCAAGCCAAUUCGCAAAUCGUGGAGCAAUCCCUAGACCUACUUAAACAUCUAGUCAAUCAGGAAAAUAGGGAGCAGUACCUAUCCGCGCAAGAAAAAGAUAAAAAAAAUAAAUUAAUAUUAAAACUAAUCGAUCAAGCUAAAAGAAAUGAUGAAAAGGCAGAAGUGUCGCAAACAGAUUGUGCCAGUAACAAUUCCAUUGAUAAUUACCAAAAAAGAAUGGACAUGCUACAUUUAAAAUUUAUGAAAUUAAAAAAUGAAUAUUCCCAACUGAACAACGAAAAUGUUAUCCUAAAAAAACAGAUAAAGAAUAUAAAAGACAAUUAUCAUAUGAUAAAUCCGAAAAGCGCUACGGUGUCCUUUCCCCGGGGACCCAUGCAGGAGGAGGCACUUCGAAGUAAUGACAGCGGGAACAGCAGCAACAUCAGCAACGUCAGCAACGUUAGCAAUGUUAGCAAUAUUAGAAAUGUUAAUAAUGAGCAGAAGAUGAGACAGCAACAGGGGGGAAGACUAAUGUUAAACAAAACCACGAGUAUUAGCAGCAUACAACUACCUGUGAUUCCCCCAGUUGCAAAGAAAAAAUUAGUAGACUGUCAAGUUCAAACUGAGUGCACUUUAGCGAGUCCAUUGCCAGACAGACCCGAUGAUACCAAAGUGGGAGGUUCCCACUCCACCUUCAACGUGAAUGGGAACAAUUCUAAUUCCAACCUGUUAAAUGAUAACCAUCUUAGCAAAUUAAGAGAACAAAUCAGAAAGGAAGUUACACAAGAAGUCACAAACAAAUUGGAGCAAAAGUACAAAGACGAACUGCUCACGCUGAGACAGACCAUAGCGAAUAAUAAGAUGAAUAACCAAAAUAUUGCCGAAGGAAUUUCCAUUGAUAACCUCCUCAGCAACACUAAGCAUAAACUGGAUGAACAAAUAAGUGAGACAAUUAACAUGUAUAAAAAUAACCUUUUUGAUCACUUUAAGGAAUUAAUAAAUGCAGCUAGCGAGGGAGGGAAAAACACAGUUCAGAUGGAUUGCAAGGGGGAUGGAAGUCCUAAUGAAAAGGUGAACAUCGGUGUGGAUAACUUUGCUUCCCUCUCUGUUAACGACAAAAUUAAUGAAUGCAUAAGCUUGUUUGAAAGUAUCACCAAGGAAAAAAUGAGCUCUAGAAAGAUAAAGGAGAAGGGGCUCGCAAACAGUACUAACAUUAUCAGCGCCCUUAACAACAUAAACACAGACAUAAACGACAUUGACAAUAUGAUCGAUAACCUGCAUGCGAAUAUCGGUCGGACUCACUUUUCGGACGAUGCAGAGAGCUGCCCAGGAGAAUUGGACCUUUUGGGGAAGGCCACCUCCGUUAGUGACGAUUUAGAGGUGGAGGAAGAGGCCAGUCGUAGAUCAUUAAGUGCAGCGCAUGAAAUUGGCGGAGAAGGCGAACUGAAGGGGGAAGUGACCACGGGUAGGGAUAAGGCGAGAAGAGCCCCCAAAAGGAGAGACAAAAUUGGGGAUAACAUUGACGGUCCGGCGUCUGUUCGUAGUGAUGGCCCGGCGUCUGUUCGUAGUGAUGGCCCUGUAUCAGUUCGUAGUGAUGGCCCGGCGUCUGUUCAUAGCGAUGGUGGUACGUCCACUCGCAAGGGGAGAAACAGCGCCGAGGGAGACCCCUCCCACAGGAGUAACUUCCACCUGGAUAGCCCCCCAUCCGAUGGCAAGAUUGACGUGAUGGGCAGUAUGACCAUGGAGAUUAAUCCCUUUUUGGAAGAGACAGCUGAGGGUGGAGAAGAACGUUCGAGCGAGGUAAAAAUGAAAAAUACGAAUAUUAUUAUGCAUCAUUCGGAGGGUGACCCAUCAAGUGGUAAUCACAUCGGUGUGCAUUACGUGCAUUCCGACGUGCCUGUGGAUCAUCACGCGGGGGGGGAGGCGAAUGGUCACAACGUUAUGCACACUGUAGAAGGCAUGGCGGAACAACGUUUUAAUAAUGAGGAGAUGCUCGAUGGAGAGCAAACCUCCCAUAACUUAGCACCGAACGAUAACAAUACGUAUGACCAUCCCGAGGGGGACUUCCCAAAAGGGAAAGACGACGAAGGCAUACCCGCACAAUCACCUGAUGAUAAAAACAAAGAUAGCGUAGACACUGAAAAGGAAAAAAAAAAAAGCAAAUGGAGGAAUAUUUUCUCCAGCAAAAAAACGAAAAAGAAAAACCUAAGUGACAAUUUUGGCAAUGACACAGAAUUGUGGUCAAAAAAUGAAAAUGAUGAAAAGGAUGUUAAAGAAAACCCCAAUGAGGAAAAUCUUUACAACAGUGUCAGCGGCCCCAACGCGAAUAACACCCUGUCCAAUAAUGUGCAAAUUGAGGAGGGAGAAAUAGACGUCAUAACGAAUGGUGCAAAUGGUUGCAAGCAGAUUGAAGGGUAUGAUGACGCACAUAAAUUUGUAAGUAGCGGUUAUCCUGCUGACCAACCGUUUAUGCACCCAUCAGGAGGUGGAAACGGAGAGAAGGCUCCAAAAAGUGCGUUAAACGUAAAUAAGGGAGACGAAGAAUUCCACCAAGACGUUGCAAAUGGAAUGAUGAAUAACACCUUGGCAGUAAAUGGUGCCAACCAUCACUAUGGCGGAGGCACACCCCCCCACAGCAGUAACGACAACCAUUUCGACGGUCAGGAAAAGUUCAACCAGCAUGAGGCCAACCCCUUUGAUGGCAGCACCAGUAGAGCUCAAAUGAACCCAUUUAACCACGAAAAUGGUGAAAAUUUAGAAACUAUUAACGCGUAUAAUGCAUCCAAUAGAAAUAAUCCAUACAUGCAUCAAAGUAAUAACGAAACAAGAAAUGGACCCAAUUUCCAUGCCAAGGGGGACUACGCAGUUAACUGCUCUGUGUACUCGUACAACCCAGCUGCUAAUAACAAAACGGGUUUUCCCUCUCCAAGCGAAGAAAGGUAUGAGGAGAAGCCAUUUUAUGGGGAUGAAAAUAACAGUAUAAACAUUAUGAACAGUAAAGAGGAGGUCUAUCGAAAUGAUAACUUCCUAUUUAUAGAAAAUAAUAAUAAUAAUAACGCUUUUGCGAAGCCUGCGGGGGCUUAUCAAAAUAGCCAAACUGCAAACUUCGCCAAUUUUUACCACAACGAUGUGGAUGGUAAUAAAGUAAACAGCGGAUUGAAUCAUGCAGAUAGGGUGAAUAACCAGUACGAUUUUUUUUACAAUUUGAGCGAGGCCAAUGGGGCAGGGCAGCAAUACAACCCGUGGGGGCAUCCGAACAGCCAGACUGCUUGCAUAAACAGCUAUAACGUGGAAGGCCAGUUUGGCGAAACGACGGAGAGAAGUCCUCCAAAUUAUUACAGCAAAACGGUUAAUAUAAAACGAGUAAAUAGCAGUGCAAUAAAUAUGACGAAGAACUCCACCUGUGAUUUGUCGCAGAGUGACCAAGUCAAAUUAUCCACGAAGAGCGAAGUGCACUAUAAUUCAUUCAAGGCACAAAAAAAUAAAACAAAAAAAAAUUUAGAAGACCUUUUUGCCUAGCCUACCGUGGUUUUCAGCCAUUUUGGACUUUGAAAAAUUUGCCAAGAGACCCGCGUCGCAGUUUGGUGUUUGUGCAGUUGGCUCGUUUUUCCCCUCCGCGGAGCGCUCAGCGCCAGGGCAGCAUCCACUCCAGCUUCCCCCCUCAUUUUUUCAGUGUUACGCAAAAUUAAAUUCGUUCAUCUGGUUAUCCGUACAUGCGCAUGUACAGACAUAUAAAUAUGUUUAUAUGUAUGUAUAUAUUUAUAUGUAUACAUUUAUAUGCAUAGCGUGUGUACUUGUUUUGUCCCAUUGUAAAUUCCUUUUUUUUUGCACCUUCGUUUUGAUGCAACGCUGCUUCCUUUUUUGUAAAGCCGUUCCGUUUCACUCACCUUUUUAAUGCGCCCAUGUUCACCACCAAUGCGAUGUGUACGUUGGCCAAAGUUUAUAAAUUUAUUUUUAAGUUCCCUUUUGCGCUUUCGUCGGAAUGCAUGUUGCCCGUAAUAGCGCGUAGGUUUCCUCUACGUGUGUUUAUAUGACGGGUCAUCAACUGUUUUAAUAGUAUGUGCAUAUCCGUGUUUUCCUUUUUUUUUUUUUUUU